UAGGUAAAGUACGUUAACUGUUAUCAUGACUAGAACCAUUUCCUUUGGUUAAGUUCAUUGGCGUUAAAUUAUCACGAAGCUCGUAACUUGAAGGUUGGAAGUAAAGGAGGCCUUAUGUCAAGCCAGUUCAGUAUUGGGAGGGCCGACGACGUGUACCAACAUGAAGAAGCUGUUUUCAAAGAUCGAAAACACGUCGAAGGAGCCCAACAGUUACAUAGGAAAGGUUUUUGUAGUAGGACGUUUCGUUGUCACCGUCGAAGAAGUUUUAGCCGAAGGAGGAUUUGCUAUUGUAUUCCUGGUUAAAUCUUCGAGUGGACGUUAUGCACUUAAACGCAUGUACGUUAAUAAUGAACACGACCUUAAUGUAUGUAAGAGGGAGAUACAAAUAGCAAGUAACUUGAACGGUCAUAAGAAUAUCAUAGGAUAUGUGGACAGUAGUAUCACACACAUAGGUGGGGGAGUACACGAACUUCUGCUUUUAAUGCCUUAUUGCAAGUCUCAAGUUCUGCAAAUGAUGAACAAUAGGUUACAGACUGGGUUUAGCGAAUCUGAAGUUGUUCAAAUAUUUUGCGACGUUUGCGAAGCUGUAUCUCGACUACAUCAUUGUAAGACACCAAUAAUACAUAGAGAUCUAAAGGUUGAAAAUAUAUUGUACUCCGAUACUGGUCAUUACGUAUUGUGCGACUUUGGUUCGGCAACAGCGAAAGUCCUUAAUCCCAGUGUACAGGGUGCAGCGAUAAUCGAAGAAGAAAUUAAGAAGUAUACGACCCUUAGUUAUAGAGCGCCUGAAAUGGUUGAUAUGUACUGCGGGAAGCCCAUUACAACGAAAGCAGAUAUAUGGGCAUUGGGAUGUUUGUUGUACAAACUCUGUUUCUUUACAUUGCCAUUUGGAGAGAGCACCCUUGCUAUCCAAUCGGGAAAUUUUACAAUACCGGAUCAUUCAAGAUAUAGUAGAAGCCUUCAUUGUCUGAUUCGUUAUAUGCUUGAGCCGGAUCCCGAUAGUCGUCCCGACAUUUACCAAGCUUCUGUGAUUGCUUUUCAAAUCCAGGGCAAAGAGUGUCCUGUACAAAACAUACACAAAGUUCCAACACCUGUUUUGGAAUCGUUACCUUGUCCUUCUAUGGAAUCUGAAAACGUGAAAAGAUCAUCGUUGGUGAAAACACCAAAACCGAGCCCAGUACCUACUGUGGAGGGUACCUCGGUUACACCAAGACAACGGCCAAAGGGACAAGCUGUGAGCACAGGUCCGAUCAGUUUGAGCGGCCAGAUCGUAAGUCAAAUAUCUGGUCAGGGGAAUCAGCAGAUGCAAUCGCAAAGUUGCUCGUCAUCGCUUACUCAAGUUUCGCCGCAAAUUCCUUGCACGACUACUAGUAGUCAAAACAUUUCCUUCGGACAACAAUCACAGCAAAGUCAGCAACCGCAGUACAGUCAGUCGUCACAAUGUACCACGACUAGACAAUCCCCUGUAACUGUUCAAGAUACAGUAAGCUCGUAUUACUUUGACUCAACGUCGGUGACGAGCGUGAGCGAAGAAAAUCUAGAAGCGCUAUUUCCACCAUCGGGUUAUCCAGACCCGUUCAAAGAUGAUACCCGAGCUAUGCCACCACCCACAAAAAUACCACCACCAGUAGCUCCUAAACCUUGUAAAAUUGUAGCCAAGGUACCGAAUACUUCGAUCAGUUGUCAAUCUUCGAAGUUUACGUCUGUUACUUGCAUGACGUCGAAACUAAAUACUCCAACGGGGCCUAACAAGGUGGCUGCCGUAACGCCGCCGACUUUACCGAAACCAGUGAAUAAGACAGAAAGUUUGAGUCAAAGUAUAAGCUCGAGUACUUCACCACCCGAUAGUCCGACAUUCUGUUCUGCUCGUCAUAGAAGGAACGUUAGCGACACGAGUGCUUUUAACAAAGCAUUUGCAAACGAAACAACACAAUUUCUGGCACCAUACGAAGCUUCGGUGAAAGCACGCUCGGAAGAUACUACCACUCCUGAAGUUGUAGCCGACGUAAAAUCUUGUCUAGGAUCCAGUGCUUCGCAUGUACGUAUUGGCGAAUUAUCGAGCAUAACCGCUAGCGAAGGAAGAUCUCUAAGCGCAGACGUAGCAGCUUGGAACCCUUUCGAGGAUGUACAACCUUUUAAUCAGUUAACGGAGGAUCACAUUUUUGGAGCGGAGUUUGACAAAAUUCGAAGGGGAAGUAAUACGAGUAUUGGUGGUAUAAAAAGACGCGAGAACCUCGUUGCAACGUAUACAGAGUUACCAGAAGAUCCAUUCGAAUCUGCACCUUUCAGUUUACCAACAGGAAAGAAGAAGAAAAUUGGGUCAAAGACUGCGGCACUUGCUGGAGGCAAGCCCAUAAAUGGUAGAUCAAGAAUACCUCCGAAACAAUGGAAUCCGGGAAUCGAUCGCGGUGAAUCGUACGACAGAAUGAACUUUUUAACGGAGAACAGUCCUAUUCCUACGCCGUUCGUUCGGGUUCCGGUCGAAGAUCGAUCGAAAUACGAAAAGUUGCCGUUCAAUGCUGGCGAUGUAUCUAGCGACAGCGACAAAGAUUCAUCGCAGGAACGCAUGAAGCAGAAGAGAAGAAGGAUUAAAAGUGUGUUACAUAGAAAGAGAAAAACGCAAAAUAUGAAGAAAGCAGCGGUGGAAUGCAACAUAUCGACCAACGAUAGUCGAUACAAUAGCGGUACUUGUAAUAUCGUUAUACCGAAUGGUAAUAUCGGUAACAAUGAGAAUGGGAAGAACGACGCUAUCAAUUAUGAGAAAUGUCUCCAAGAGAAGGAGCAGGCGGUGGAGGACGAAGACGAAGACGAAGACGAAGACGAAGACGAAGACGAAGACGAAGACGAAGACGAAGACGAAGACGAAGACGAAGACGAAGACGAAGACGAAGACGAAGACGAAGGCGAAGGCGAAGACGAAGGCCUUAAUGAAAAUAACUGCGACGACGAUGAGGAGGAGGAGGAGGAGGAGGAGGAUGAUGUGGAAGACAAGAAGAAUGAGAAAGAUAAGGAUGAAAGAUGCGGAAGGAUAAAUGAAACCGUUUCGGAAAGUGCACGAGUUUGUGGUAGUAAUGGUGGUGGAGAUUAUAGAGGGAAAAAGUGGAGAAAAGAUGGAAGAGAGGAGGGAUUGUUGGCAAAGGGAAUGAACACGGAUCCGAUUGUUGGACAUGAGUACGGGGAGGAAGGUCUGUUGUUGGAUGACGAGCUCGAUCUAGAAUCGAAACCUGAACGAUCAUCACAUGGUGAUCCAUUCGUGGUUGAUGAUCGAUGCGGUUUAAACUCCAAGCUAAUCGACGAUCUUUAUUCGUUGGAAGGAAAGAAUAAGAUGGUAAAAAUUUCGAAGGAUGCAUCGUGGAAAGUGGAAGAGGAUGUUUUCGCUUUAGCUCCGUUUCCUAGAUCAGUCAGCGGGUGCUCAACGAAGAUCGCUGAGUAUCAGGAGAGCGAUGAAUUGAGAAAUAUUCCCUCCGCCGGUACUUUCUAUUUAACUAGUAGUAGGCCGGUGAUAUCCGAGCAAGCGAAUCUGUUCCGAAAAUACGGAAAUUGCACGAGUCUUACGAACAAGGAGAAUCACACGGACGUUCGAUCAUUAUCGAACAGACAAAGGCAACGAUCUUCUUGCGUGACGGCGAUCUCAAGCGUUCACAACCACCGAAUCAGCUCUGAGUCGCAGAGAAACGAGAUAACGGACGAUGACCGGCAAACAAAGCAGAAUGAAAAAGAUGGAGAUGUAGCAGAGGUAAGACUAGUGGAAGGAGGAGGAGGGAAUAAGGAAGAAGAGGGAAAUAGGGAGAAGGAUUUAUUUGGCUCCUCGCCGUUUUGUCCGAGCGGUUUCGCAACAAAUCUCUUCGAUUUGGAUACUCUGCGAAGAAGAAUUGCGGAGGAUGGAUCGCAAAGGUUGGCUACGACGAUAUUUGCGACGCGGCAGACAAAAUCGUACGAUGAUCGACCAGCCUUGUCACAUCCACAACAGCCAGCUGGUGCUGCCUCCUUGACCACGAGAAAGCCAACGGUAUCAAAUACAAAGUUUAUCGGUGUAGCAUCGGAAGAUCUUUUCGGUUCCAUUCCGUUCGAUGAAUUCGCGUCGCUUCAGUUAAACAAGCAAAACAGCAGGCCCAAGACUUGCGUUCCACUUUCCCAAGCAUCGUCGUCGUCGUCGUCGUCGUCGCAACCGUCACCGUCAACUUUCAUCGUUGGCGACGACCUGAACGCGAUGCUAUUGCAUAAAGCGCAAUCACCGGGUACCGUUGCUCGAGCAAUGUCCACAGGUUUGCAAGGUGUACACACGAUGGAACCGGUUCAGUAUGCUGCUCGAAUUUCGAUUGAAACUGUAAAUAGUGCACCGAAGAUAGACGUUAAGCCGGACGUGGUUUCGGCCAUAUUCCCGAAACCGUUGCUAGUUACCGAGGAACAUCACGUGCCAAGGCAGAAAAAGGAUAAAUUUUGCAUGUCCGAGAAAUGCAACAAGUAUCAUUUAAUGGAUGAGAAAGACGACGACGGGGGCAAGAGCAGUGCCGGUAUCGAGGUAGUUGUUGUACCGUUGUCCUCGUCAUCGUCUUCGUCGUCGUCGUCGUUGCAGCUAUCUCACAAGACCAAGUCGUUGACGACUUGUUAUAAGAAAAGUCCGAGAACGAAAAAAUAUUCAGCCGUUAGCACCGCCGCGGGCUUCAGCAACAUGAGUUUCGAGGAUUUUCCAAGCGACGAGAACGAGGAGAAACAGAUGAGAAAUACGAAAAUCGCGGCGCCGUUCGAGGUGAUUAGGGAACCCGAGAAACGAUUCGGAUCGUUGAAAAGAAGGAGCAAUCCGUUUACCUGAGAAACGAGAACUACGUGACGAGAUACACUAGUCAGAUUGAAUCGCGAUCAUCCGGAACGAACGCGUCCAACUAUUAUAAACAGGCAUCGACACGUGAUUAAGCGUCCGUCAGGGAAAUCGGCUUCUAUCACGUCGAUUGAUGAAUCGAUUAUCACCCAGCAUCACCACCGGCUUAUAACCUGCAUCGAUCGUGUAUCGUACAUAACAAUUCGCAUUUCAUCGAUAUUUACUCGUCUUCUAAUACUGACCAAACAGGUCAUCCGAAUGCGUUGCUUACUUUGCUGAUUUCAAUCGAAACACGUUAUCUCGAACGAACGAACGA